AUGUACCAGUGGGUGAAAGAUAAGAUAUUUCCAGACCCUCAAAGGGCACCGAAAAGCGAAUAUGAACAGACUGCCGACGAGAGGCCCUCCAAGAGCGAGAUAAAAGCCCGCAAGCGAUUCUCGAGGGAGCACGGUAGACGGGUACGUGCGCGAGAGAAGGAAUUGGAGAAGGCGUGGCAAGGCCCACGGAAGUUUAUUGUGCGAGGGGACUGUGGAGCGGUGCCUGGGGGUGCUGCAUGUUGA